AGACUGUUUAUGGAAGUUUUUCUUCCCACCUGAUUAUCAAGUUCUGAAAGUUUCUGAAAUUGCACAGGCUGGAAGACCAAGACAGAUACUUGCUUUUGAACUACGCAUGAAUAUUAUUGCGGAUGCUACAAUUGACUUGCUAUUUACUAAAAACAGGGAAACAAAUGCUGUACAUGUAAAUGUAGGAGCUGGCUCAUACUUAGAAAUUAAUAUUCCCAUGACGGUUGAAGAAAAUGGUUACACCCCUGCAAUUAAAGGACAACUAUUACAUGUUGAUGCCACUACCAGCAUGCAAUAUCGGACCCUUUUGGAAGCAGAAAUGUUAGCAUUCCACAUCAAUGCCAGCUACCCCCGAAUAUGGAACAUGCCACAGACAUGGCAGUGUGAAUUAGAGGUUUAUAAAGCCACCUAUCACUUCAUAUUUGCACAGAAGAACUUCUUUACAGAUUUAAUUCAAGACUGGUCUAGUGAUAGUGCUCCAGACAUUUUUUCAUUUGUUCCAUAUACAUGGAAUUUUAAAAUCAUGUUUCAUCAAUUUGAAAUGAUUUGGGCUGCUAAUCAACACAAUUGGAUUGACUGUUCCACUAAACAACAGGAAAAUGUGUAUCUGGCAGCCUGUGGGGAAACAUUAAACAUUGAUUUUUCUUUGCCUUUUACGGAUUUUGUUCCCGCUACAUGUAAUACCAAGUUCUCCUUAAGAGUUGUGGUUUUUGUGGCCAGAUGAUACCCUGAAGAAUAAGAGAUGUAGAAAUAAAUGUGGUUGUCUCGGUGGCUGCAGAUUCUUUGGUGGCACAGUAGCUGGCCUAGAUUUCUUCAAACUUGAAGAGUUGACCCCUUCCAGUAGCUCUGCAUUUUCAAGCACAAGUGCAGAGUCUGAUAUGUAUUAUGGACAAUCUUUGCUACAACCUGGAGAAUGGAUUAUUACUAAAGAAAUUCCCAAAAUUAUAGAUGAUAUAUUGAAGCAAUGGUUCAUUGUGCUAGCACCCAACAUCCAGCUGCAAUUGUUGAUCAUCUUCAUGUUAAAGUCCUUAGAGAAGCAGUCCAAAAUAGCAAGAAUACUUUCUCGGAAAAUUUAUCUUCCAAACAAGAUGUUCGGGGGACAAAAGCUGAGCACCUUACAAUAGGAACAACUAACCAAGGACAAGUUCAGACAAAUCUUGUAACCAAGCAAGAUAAUGUAACAAUUAAAGGUCUUCAGGCUAAUGUUAGCAUACCAAAGGUAAACUUAUGUUUGUUACAAGCCUCAGUGGAAGAAUCUCCAACUACAGCUCCUAGAAGUGUGACACAUGUUUCCUUAGUAGCAUUGUGUUUUGACAGAAUUGCUACGCAAGUUCGUAUGAAUAGAGGUGUUGUUGAAGAGACUUUAAAUAAUGCAGACCCUACUAAAACAUCAAAUCUUGAUAGAUUUGUUCAUGCCACUAAGAUGCAGCCCCAGUCAUCUGGAUCUCUUAGAUCAAAUGCGGGAGCAGAAAAAGGCAAAGAAAUUGCAGCCAAGUUAAACAUUCAUCGAGUUCAUGGGCAACUUAGGGGUCUUGAUACAACAGACAUUGGGACCUGUGCCAUCACUGCUAUUCCUUUUGAGAAGUCCAAAGUUUUAUUUACUCUUGAAGAACUGGAUGAAUUUACUUUUGUAGAUGAAACAGAUCAGCAAGCUUUUCCAGAUGUAACUCGAAUAGGUCCCAGCCAAGAAAAAUGGGGUUGGAUAAUGUUUGAAUGUGGACUUGAAAAUUUAACAAUAAAAGGAGGAAGACAGUCUGGUGCUGUUUUAUAUAACAGUUUUGAAGUUAUGGGUAAAGCUAGUGUCCCAGAAAGGGGUGGAGUGCUAACUUCCAAUAAUUCUUCCGAUUCUCCAACGGGCAGUGGCUAUAAUACUGAUGUCUCUGAAGACAAUCUUCCAUGUGACCGGACAAGCCCUGCCUCAGACGUAAAUGGAAAUUCUGUUUCAGAUGAACAAGAUGAAGGAGUUGAAUCUGAUGAUUUGAAAAAAGAUCUACCUCUAAUGCCUCCACCUCCAGAUUCAUGUAGCAUGAAAUUGACCAUUAAAGAAAUUUGGUUUAGUUUUGCAGCACCCACCAAUGUGAGGUCUCCUACACAUGCAUUUUCUAGGCAACUGAACCUUUUAAGCACAGCAACUCCAGCUGUUGGUGCAUGGCUUGUUCCCAUUGACCAACUGAAGUCAUCCUUAAACAAACUAGAAACUGAGGGAACCUUGAGAAUUUGUGCAGUUAUGGGAUGCAUAAUGACAGAAGCAUUAGAGAAUAAAAGUGUACAUUUUCCCCUAAGAAGUAAAUACAACAGGCUUACAAAAGCUGCUCGCUUUCUCCAAGAAAAUCCUUCAUGUUUACUAUGUAACAUACUACACCACUAUCUGCACCAGGCAAAUUACUCUAUCAUUGAUGAUGCUACAAUGAGUGAUGGACUUCCUGCUUUGGUAACAUUAAAGAAAGGUUUAGUUGCACUGGCAAGGCAGUGGAUGAAAUUUAUUGUGGUCACACCAGCCUUCAAAGGAGUUAGCUUACACAGACCAACUCAGCCUCUGGUACCUCAAACAGCUGUGGACUAUGAACAUGAAGAUGGACUUGGGCUGGACAAUGGGGGUGGUCUUCAAAGUGAUACCAGUGCUGAUGGAGCAGAAUUUGAGUUUGAUGCAGCCACAGUCAGUGAACACACAAUGCUACUAGAAGGAACAGCUAACCGGCCACCACCUGGUAGCUCGGGACCUGUUACUGGAGCUGAGAUAAUGAGGAAACUUUCUAAAACUCAUACCCACAGUGACUCUGCAUUAAAAAUAAAGGGCAUACAUCCAUAUCAUUCUCUGAGCUAUACCAGUGGAGACACUGCCACAGAUUCUCCAGUGCAUGUUGGACGUUCAGGGAUGACAGUAAAAGAGAGUCCACGGAAGGAGAGUCUCCUCAGCUACCUGACUGGAAGCUUCCCAAGCUUGCACAACCUUCUAGAAGGAACUCCUCAGAGAAGUAGUGCAGCUGUAAAGAGCAGCUCCCUAACGAGAACAGGAAAUACAGUGACCACUGACAUGUUAUCUGAACAUCCUUUGCUAUCUGAGCCAUCAUCUGUGAGUUUCUAUAAUUGGAUGUCAAAUGCUGUGGGUAAUCGAGGAAGUGUGGUACAAGAAUCUCCUGUUACAAAAUCAGGACAUAAUAGUCUUCCAACAGGUGUUGCACCCAAUCUUCCUACGAUACCCUCAGCCUCAGAUUUCAACACUGUCUUGUCUAGUGACCAGAACACUCUGGAUGGCACACAUUCUCAGCAUAGCACUAGUCAGGAUGAUGUGGCAGGUGUAGAAGAAGCAAACCAAGGAUUUCCUGCUGUUCAGCUUGCUGAUGCACAGGUUGUUUUUAAACCUCUUCUGAGUCACACAGGGAUCCAGUCACAGGAUGCAAUGCCAUUCUGCUACAGAAUGUACUUUGGAGAACACCUUUCAUUUUCAGGGACUUUGGACUGCCUCAGAGCAGAUAUUGUAGACUCAGACACUGCCAAAGAGAGAAAAGGCAAAAAAUCAAGAAGGCAAGGCCACGUGAAUCUUCCUCCACUUGAGUUCAAACCGGCAUUAAUGUUGGAAACUUUUAGCAUCAGUGCUGUUGUAAUGGAAAAAUCCGUGUGCACUCCUCAGAACUCUACCAGUGCCCUUUCUUUUCAUGAUAUUAACAAGCGCUAUUACAAUACCUUUCACUGCAACUUUACUAUUUCCUGUCAGUCAAUAAGCCAGCAUGUAGAUAUGGCUUUGGUUCGUCUUAUUCAUCAGUUUAGUACAAUGAUAGAUGACAUCAAAGCGACUCAGACUGACAUUAAACUUAGCAGAUAUACAGCUGGAUCUGCAUCUCCAACACCUACCUUCAAAACCAGAAAACAUCGGGAUUUUCGUUCAUCUGACUUCAGCCGCAGUUCUAGAGGAAGUCUUAAUGGUGGCAAUAGAGUAACUAAUGCAAAGAACAAGCGGACUAACAAUGAGAAUAACAAAAAGGAAUCUCGAAACAAAGCUUCAAUAGGAAGAUCUGAAAGAAGAACUUCAAAAGUUUCUAGGAAAGGUUCAAAAGAUGUGGUAGAUCACAUGACUAUUCAUAUGGAUGACUCUGAUUCAAUUACAGUGUCAGAACAAAGUGAGCCUUCAGCUGAGUGCUGGCAGAAUAUGUAUAAAUUGCUUAACUUCUAUUCACUUAUCUCUGAUCCAACGGGAAUUUUGGAAAAAUCUUCAGAAACAUUUGGACCAGCAGGAGUUCGGAGCCCUACAGAGCCAACAUGUAAAGUUGUGUUUGAGAAUGAACAAGACAACAACAGUUUGACUAAGACUCAGAGAAAACGUAGCUUGGUGACUUCUGAACCUCAGCAUGUUACUCUAAUAGUGUUUGGGAUUGGCAUGGUGAACCGUACACACCUAGAAGCAGAUAUCGGUGGACUAACAAUGGAAUCAGAACUGAAGAGGAUUCAUGGCAGUUUCACUCUUAAGGAAAAAAUGAAAGAUGUUUUACACCAAAAGAUGACUGAGACAUGCGCCACGGCUCACAUUGGUGGGGUAAAUAUUGUGCUGCUUGAAGGGAUUACACCAAAUAUACAACUGGAGGAUUUUCCUACAUCUCCUACAAGUACAGCUAAACAAGAGUUUCUAACUGUAGUGAAAUGUAGUAUUGCCAAGUCCCAAGCCCUCUACAGUGCCCAGAGAGGGUUGAAGACAAACAAUGCUGCUGUGUUCAAAGUAGGAGCUAUUAGCAUCAACAUUCCUCAGCACCCUGCCACCUUACAUAGCAUGAUGGUUCGAAGUUCUCACCAACUAUCUAAACAAAUCUCAGACCUCAUUAGACAACCUUCUAUGGCCCCACAGCCUGUGAAAGAAGAUAUUGCAACACCACUACCUUCUGAAAAAACUCCAACAAGUGUUAAUCAAACUCCUGUUGAAACAAAUGAAUUUCCUCAGUUACCAGAAGGCUUAGAAAAGAAGCCUAUUGUUCUUAAAUUCAGUGCCAUGUUAGAUGGUAUUGCUAUUGGUGCAGCACUUUUACCAUCUCUGAAAGCAGAAUACAAGAUGGGAAGAAUGAGAAGUCAUGGAAUGACAGGGGCACAGACAAGGUUUACAUUUGAGUUGCCAAAUCAUAGAUUGCGUUUUACUUCAAAAGUUUCUGCCACAGAUAUGUCAUCCAUUCCUCCUUCUGCCAGUCUUAAUCUUCCACCUGUUACUAUGUCAGGGAAAUAUAUAAUGGAAGAACAUGACAGUUAUUCAGAUCAAGUGUGGAGUAUAGAUGAACUGCCUUCAAAACAAGGGUAUUAUUUACAGGGAAAUUAUCUACGUUGUGUGGCAGAAGUUGGUUCUUUUGAACAUAAUCUUACAACCGAUCUUUUAAACCACUUGGUGUUUGUACAGAAAGUGUUCAUGAAGGAAGUUAAUGAAGUAAUACAAAAAGUUUCUGGUGGAGAGCAGCCUAUUCCUCUCUGGAAUGAGCAUGAUGGAACAACAGAUGGCGAUAAGCCUAAAAUUCUCCUCUAUUCCCUGAACUUACAGUUUAAGGGUAUUCAAGUAACAGCCACAACCCCAUCAAUGAGAGCUGUGAGAUUUGAAACUGGGUUGAUAGCGCUGGAACUUUCUAACCGACUUCAAACCAAAGCUUCACCAGGAAGUAGCAGCUACCUGAAACUAUUUGGUAAAUGCCAAGUGGAUUUAAAUCUGGCAUUAGGUCAAAUUGUCAAGCAUCAGGUUUAUGAGGAAGCUGGCUCAGAUUUUCAUCAAGUUGCUUAUUUUAAAACUAGAAUUGGAUUAAGGAAUGCUCUUCGAGAAGAAAUCAGUGGUUCUUCAGAUAGAGAAGCUGUGCUCAUUACCUUGAAUAGGCCAAUUGUUUAUGCACAGCCUGUGGCCUUUGAUAGAGCUGUGCUGUUUUGGCUAAAUUAUAAGGCUGCUUAUGAUAAUUGGAAUGAACAACGGAUGGCUUUACAUAAGGAUAUUCAUAUGGCUACAAAGGAAGUAGUAGAUAUGUUACCUGGUAUUCAGCAAACAUCAGCUCAGGCUUUUGGGACUCUUUUCCUCCAGCUGACUGUGAAUGAUCUGGGAAUUUGCCUACCUAUCACAAAUACUGCACAGUCUAAUCACACUGGAGACCUUGAUACUGGCUCUGCUCUAGUAUUAACCAUUGAAAGUACUCUCAUCACUGCUUGUUCUUCAGAAUCUCUAGUUAGCAAAGGGCACUUCAAAAAUUUUUGUAUCCGUUUCGCUGAUGGCUUUGAGACAUCGUGGGAUGACUGGAAACCAGAAAUUCGUGGGGAUCUAGUAAUGAAUGCUUGUGUAGUUCCAGAUGGCACAUAUGAAGUAUGUUCGAGGACUACAGGACAAGCAGCUGCUGAAAGUAGUAGUGCUGGAACCUGGACACUCAAUGUAUUGUGGAAAAUGUGUGGGAUUGAUGUUCACAUGGAUCCUAAUAUUGGCAAAAGGCUUAAUGCUCUGGGCAAUACCCUUACAACACUGACAGGAGAGGAGGACAUAGAUGAUAUUGCUGACCUAAAUUCAGUGAACAUAGCUGACCUGUCAGAUGAGGAUGAAGUUGAUACUAUGUCUCCUACUAUCCAUACUAGCUCAGAUGGAAGUUCAGUAAGUGGAGAUGGCCACAAACUCACCUUUGGGCAGCGACUUGUAAAUCACCUACUAGGCCUGACACCCCAACAUCAGCGCUAUUCUGUUCCUGCAGAGUAUCUGUGUGACUCAGAGAUAUGGGUCUCCCCUCAGCCUAGCCAGUCCCAUUUGAAAGCAUGCAGAGCACACUCAUGGGGAAAUGAAGCUGUAGAGUAUCGAAGACAAGGAGCAUCUUCUAGCCAGUCAGGAGAACUUAGAGGAAGAAAAAUUGUGAAGCGUUUAGUAGAUAUCAGAGAAUUGAAUGAACAGGCCAAAGUAAUUGAUGACCUUAAAAAAUUAGGUGCUAGUGAAGGAACCAUAAACCAGGAAAUUCAACGGUACCAACAGUUAGAAUCAGUGGCUGUGAAUGACAUUCGAAGAGAUGUUCGUAAAAAAUUACGGAGAUCCAGUAUGCGAGCUGCUUCCCUAAAGGAUAAGUGGGGUUUGGGUUACAAACCAAGUUACAGUCGAUCAAAAAGCAUUUCAGCUUCUGGAAGACCACCUCUUAAGCGGAUGGAAAGAACAAGCUCUCGAGUAGGAGAAACUGAUGACCUCCCAGAAAUCCGUGUGGAUGCAGCAUCUCCUGGACCCAGAGUAACUUUUAACAUCCAGGAUACAUUGAAAAAUACAGUAUGGGGAAGUACACCACAAUCCAGCUCUCCUGGGAAAGGGUAUUUUCAGUUUCCAGAGGAGACAGAACUGGACCUUUUGUCAGUAACUAUGGAAGGCCCAUCACAUUAUUCAUCAAAUAGUGAAGGGUCAUGUUCCAUGUUCAGUUCUCCCAAAACUACAGGCAGCUUUUCAUCAAGCAUUCCUUUCCAGUCUGAGGAGGGUCGGCGAGAUGACAGUUUGUCUUCUACCAGUGAAGAUUCUGAAAAGGAUGAGAAAGAUGAAGACCGUGAAAGGGAAAGAUUUUACAUUUACAGGAAAACCUCACAUACCUCUCGCAGAAAAGCAACAGGUUUUGCUGCUGUUCAUCAGCUAUUGACAGAACGCUGGCCAACAACACCAGUUAACCGAAGUCUUAGUGGCACAGCUACUGAGAGAAAUAUUGACUUCGAACUUGAUAUACGGGUUGAAAUUGAUAGUGGAAAAUGUGUACUCCAUCCAACCACCCUUCUACAAGAACAUGAUGAUAUAAGUUUAAGAAGGAGUUAUGAUCGAAGUUCCAGGAGUUUAGAUCAAGAUUCUCCUUCAAAAAAGAAGAAAUUUCAAACCAAUUAUGCUUCUACCACCCAUUUAAUGAGUGGCAAAAAAGUACCAUCAUCUCUACAGACAAAGUCUAGUGACUUAGAAACAACAGUAUUUUAUAUUCCUGGAGUUGAUGUAAAGUUGCAUUACAAUUCCAAGACACUAAAGACUGAAUCACCUAAUGCCUCCAGAGGAUCUUCCUUGCCCAGAACACUCUCCAAAGAAUCCAAACUGUAUGGUAAUGAAAAGAAAUUUAGCGCAGACAAUUACUUUCCUCCUCUCCUCCUCUAUACUUGCACUAGAGUCACACGAAUUUUAACAGCUAUCAGCUCACAAGAUGAAGAUAUGGGGCAUUUUGAAAUACCAGAUCCUAUGGAAGAAUCAACAACAUCACUAGUAUCAUCUUCAACCUCUGCUUACUCUUCCUUCCCUGUAGAUGUUGUGGUUUAUGUACGAGUUCAGCCUUCACAGAUCAAAUUUAGCUGUUUACCUGUAUCAAGAGUAGAAUGUAUGCUAAAGCUGCCUUCCCUGGAUUUGGUGUUUUCUUCAAACCGAGGAGAACUGGAGACUUUGGGGACUGCAUAUCCUGCAGAAACUUUAUCCCCUGGAGGUAAUGUUCCUCAGAGUGGAACAAAGCUUUCUGCUAGCAAAACUGGAAUACCAGGUUCAUCAGGAUUAGGCAGCCCCUUGGGGAGAAGUCGGCAUAGUAGUAGUCAGUCAGAUCUGACCAGUUCCAGCAGCAGUUCAUCUGGCCUGAGCUUCACUGCAUGCAUGUCUGACUUUUCUCUGUAUGUAUUUCAUCCAUAUGGAGCAGGGAAACAAAAAACUGCUGUUUCUGGCCUUACACCUGGAUCAGGAGGAUUAGGGAAUGUGGAUGAGGAGCCCACUUCAGUCACUGGUCGAAAAGACUCACUCAGCAUAAACCUUGAAUUUGUAAAAGUGAGUUUGUCUCGGAUAAGGCGUUCAGGAGGUGCCUCAUUUUUUGAAAGUCAGUCUGUAAGCAAGCCUACAAGCAAAAUGGACACUACAUUAAUAAAUAUAUCUGCUGUUUGUGAUAUAGGGUCUGCCUCCUUUAAAUAUGACAUGCGCCGACUCAGUGAAAUUUUGGCGUUUCCAAGGGCGUGGUAUAGGAGAAGUAUUGCAAGACGUCUAUUCCUUGGAGACCAAACUAUAAAUUUGCCAACAUCUGGUCCAGGGACACCUGAUUCCAUUGAAGGGGUAAGCCAGCACCUUUCCCCUGAAUCAUCAAGGAAAGCUUACUGCAGGACCUGGGAGCAGCCAAGUCAGUCAGUCUCCUUCACCCACAUGCCUCAGUCACCUAAUUUGUUCAAUGAGCAUAUGACAAACAGCACCAUGUCACCAGGGACAGUGGCACAGAGUCUGAAAUCUCCAGCUUCCAUAAGAUCAAGGAGUGUAUCUGAUUCUUCAGUUCCUCGAAGAGAUUCAAUUUCAAAAACAUCAACUCCUGUUAAUAAGUCAAACAAAGCAGCAAGCCAACAAGGGACUCCAUGGGAAACACUUGUCGUGUUUGCUAUCAACUUGAAACAACUAAAUGUCCAAAUGAAUAUGAGUAAUGUAAUGGGAAAUACAACUUGGACAACGAGUGGUUUGAAGAGCCAGGGCCGUCUAUCAGUAGGAAGUAAUCGUGAUCGAGAGAUUAGCAUGUCUGUUGGGCUGGGAAGAUCACAAUUAGAUUCUAAAGGAGGAGUAGUUGGAGGGACCAUAGAUGUCAAUGCUUUGGAGAUGGUUGCUCAUAUUUCUGAGCAUCCAAAUCAGCAACCCAGCCACAAAAUUCAGAUUACUAUGGGCUCUACUGAAGCUCGUGUUGAUUACAUGGGCUCAAGUAUCCUCAUGGGUAUCUUCAGUAAUGCUGACCUUAAGCUACAGGAUGAAUGGAAAGUAAACCUCUAUAAUACAUUGGAUUCAAGCAUGACUGAUAAAAGUGAGAUUUUUGUUCAUGGAGAUUUGAAGUGGGAUAUUUUCCAAGUAAUGAUAUCAAGAUCAACUACACCAGAUCUGAUUAAAAUAGGAAUGAAGCUCCAGGAAUUUUUCACACAACAGUUCGACACCAGCAAACGAGCUCUGUCUACCUGGGGACCAGUUCCUUAUCUUCCACCAAAGACAAUUACUAACAACCUAGAAAAAAGUUCACAAGAACAAUUGCUUGAUGCAGCUCAUCAUCGGCAUUGGCCUGGAGUAUUGAAGGUGGUAUCAGGAUGCCACAUAUCCUUAUUUCCGAUUCCAUUACCAGAAGAUGGAAUGCAAUUUGGAGGAUCAAUGAGCUUACAUGGAAAUCAUAUGACACUGGCUUGUUUUCAUGGUCCAAAUUUCCGUUCAAAAUCAUGGGCCCUUUUUCAUUUAGAAGAACCAAAUAUUGCCUUUUGGACUGAAGCUCAGAAAAUCUGGGAAGAUGGCUCUAGUGAUCAUUCUACAUAUAUUGUACAAACACUGGAUUUUCAUCUGGGUCAUAAUACCAUGGUUACCAAACCAUGUGGUGCUCUGGAAAGUCCUAUGGCAACAAUAACAAAGAUAACAAGGCGUCGCCACGAAAAUCCACCCCACGGAGUAGCAAGUGUGAAAGAAUGGUUCAAUUAUGUUACUGCCACAAGGAAUGAAGAGCUAAACUUACUUCGUAAUGUUGAUGCAAAUAACAUGGAGAGUAACACGACUGUGAAGAAUUCUAGUUUGUUGAGUGGAUUCAGAGGCGCUUCUAGCUACAACCAUGAAACAGAGACUAUCUUUGCAUUACCAAGGAUGCAGCUCGACUUUAAAUCCAUUCAUGUUCAAGAGCCACAAGAACCUUCAUUGCAGGAUGCCAGCUUGAAGCCAAAGGUAGAAUGUAGUGUGGUGACAGAGUUCACCGAUCAUAUUUGUGUGACCAUGGAUGCUGAACUCAUCAUGUUUCUUCAUGAUUUAGUGUCAGCUUAUCUGAAAGAAAAAGAAAAAGCCAUUUUUCCACCUCGGAUUCUAUCUACUCGACCAGGACAGAAAAGUCCAGUUAUUAUACACGAUGAGAAUUCCUCUGACAAAGACAGAGAAGAUAGCAUCACUUACACGACAGUGGACUGGAGAGAUUUUAUGUGCAACACAUGGCAUCUAGAGCCCACUCUUAGAUUAAUUUCUUGGACUGGAAGAAAGAUUGAUCCUGUAGGUGUUGAUUAUAUUCUUCAAAAACUGGGCUUCCAUCAUGCCAGGACUACUAUUCCUAAGUGGCUUCAGAGAGGAGUCAUGGACCCACUGGACAAGGUUCUGUCUGUUCUUAUCAAAAAGCUUGGUACUGCACUACAGGACGAAAAGGAAAGGAAAGGAAAAGACAAAGAAGAACACUAAAGUAUUAACUUGAUCUGUGAGCAAAUUCUGUUUGUGUCCAUUAAGCUUCAGUACAUGAGUGAUAUUUUAAGUUUAUUAAAUAUGGUUUUAAAAUAAUUCUAAUUUUGUGGCCAUAUUAAAAUAUUGUAAGUUAACCUGCUUCUUUUAGUUCUACCAUCCUGUGUACAGUGAAGUAUUGCAUGGUAAUGUAAGGUUUUUGAAAAACUAGAUUAAAAUAUAUAAAUCUGCUUAUUAAGGUUUAUAAUUGUAUUGUGUGCAAUAUGACUCCUGCAUCUUUAAAAUGUUUGCAGAGUAACUGAUUUUUUUUAUUGGCCAUAACUUUUAGAAAAGAAUCUUGUUGAUAAUGUGAUUUGGAAUAGUUGUUGCUUUUUUAUGUAGACUUGUAUAAAUACCUAUUUGUAAAUAGUUUGAGUAAUUGUGAUAUGAUUGUAUACCACUAAAAUAUUGUUUGUAACUAUUGUAAUAAAGUCAUAAUAGUGGUUUCA